GUGGAAGGUACAAACUCUGCAACUCUUUCGGAAUAGCUUUCCAUGUUUUGAAGAUCCAAACAGAAGACAAAAAUGAUUACUCAUUGUAUUUUCUCUGUUAAUCCACUUCUGACUUCACCCUGCUUCCACUUUAAAGUUGAAAAGCAAUGGACUCAGGGAUUUGCCUUGAAUGUAAAGCCUAUGCAUGUGAGGCUUUCAAAUGCCUGCACAGUGAGAGCAACUUUGGAUGCGAGUAAAUCAAUUGAAAUUCCCCACCAAUGGUACAAUAUAAUUGCAGAUCUUCCAGUUAAACCACCUCCACCAUUGCAUCCUAAGACUUAUGAACCAAUCAAAGCAGAAGAUUUGUCACCUCUUUUUCCUGAUGAGUUAAUUAAACAGGAAGUCACCAGUGACAGAUUCAUAAACAUACCACAUGAAGUUCUUGAUGUCUACAGCCUUUGGCGCCCAACCCCUCUCAUUAGAGCCAAGAGACUGGAAAAACUUCUUGACACACCUGCCAGAAUUUACUACAAGUAUGAAGGUGUAAGCCCAGCUGGAUCACACAAACCUAACUCUGCUGUUCCACAAGCCUGGUAUAAUGUACAAGAAGGUGUCAAGAAUGUUGUGACAGAAACUGGUGCUGGACAGUGGGGAAGUGCAUUAGCCUUUGCAUGCAGCAUAUUUGGCCUUGGUUGUGAGGUGUGGCAAGUUCGUGCUUCUUAUGAUUCAAAACCAUAUAGAAGAUUGAUGAUGCAGACAUGGGGUGCAAAGGUACACCCAUCUCCAUCUAUGAUUACUGAGGCAGGCCAGAGAAUGCUUCAAAAGGAUCCAUCAAGCCCAGGGAGUUUAGGCAUUGCUAUAUCAGAAGCUGUUGAAGUUGCAGCAAAAAAUCCUAAUACCAAGUACUGCCUAGGGAGUGUACUCAAUCAUGUUUUACUCCACCAAAGUGUUAUAGGAGAAGAGUGCCUCAAACAAAUGGAAGCUAUUGGAGAAACCCCAGAUGUCAUCAUAGGAUGUACUGGUGGUGGCUCCAACUUUGCAGGACUUAGUUUUCCAUUCCUUAGAGAGAAACUAAAUAAGAAAAUUAACCCUGUUAUAAGAGCAGUUGAACCUGCAGCAUGUCCUUCAUUAACAAAAGGAGCAUAUAUAUAUGAUUAUGGUGACACAGCUGGGAUGACUCCAUUGAUGAAAAUGCAUACACUUGGGCAUAACUUUAUUCCGGAUCCAAUUCAUGCUGGGGGUUUGCGUUACCAUGGUAUGGCACCAUUGAUCUCACAUGUUUAUGAGUUGGGUUUAAUGGAAGCAAUUGCAAUUCCACAAAAUGAAUGUUUUCAUGGUGCGAUACAGUUUGCAAGGUCUGAAGGGUUGAUACCAGCUCCUGAACCAACUCAUGCCAUAGCUGCAACCAUUAGGGAAGCUCUUCAUUGUAGAGAGACAGGAGAGGCCAAGGUUAUUCUGACAGCAAUGUGUGGACAUGGCCAUUUUGAUCUGCCAGCUUAUGAGAAGUAUUUGCAAGGUACUAUGGUUGACCUUUUAUUCUCAGAGGACAAGUUGAAAGCUUCAUUGGCCAAUGUUCCUCAAGUGACAACUUGAAUUGUCCCAUUUCUAUUACAAAAGACUUUGAGGAACAAGGAAAGCAUGUUAGUGUUUUCUUUUUAAUUUCAAACGUAUGGUUCUCUGAACACAACCAUGUAUCUGAUUUUGUUUUAAUAAUUA